AUGGUGAUCGUCCUGCAGCAAAGCUACAACAUCAGCACCGGACACAGCUCAGUAUCGGAACUCGGUGCGCUACCCCGGACAGUUCACACCGUGGCAGCCGUGUUCCUGGGGGUCAUUCUGGUCCUGGGCUUCCUUGGUAACUUCCUCGUGCUGAUGGUGUUCUCACGUUUCCCCGGGUUGGUGACUCCUGUGAACCUGCUGCUGAUCAACAUCAGCGCCAGCGACAUGCUCGUCUGCAUCUUUGGGACCCCCCUCAGCUUCGCGGCCAGCGUGCGCGGCCGGUGGCUGACCGGGUCCUCUGGGUGCCGCUGGUAUGGUUUCUCAAAUGCAUUUUUUGGUAUAGUAUCUCUGGUGUCUCUCUCUCUGAUGUCCUUUGAGCGGUACUGUGUGCUGCUCCACAGCUCCCCCUCAGACUCCUCCCAGUACCGCAGGGCCAGACUCGCUGUCGCUGCCUCCUGGUUUUACUCACUGGUCUGGACUCUGCCACCACUGCUGGGCUGGAGCAGCUACGGGCUGGAGGGUCCUGGCACCACCUGCUCCGUCCAGUGGCACCAGCGCUCACCCACAGCGCGUUCCUACAUCAGCUGUUUGUUCAUCUUCUGCCUGCUGCUGCCGCUGCUGCUCAUGAUCUUCUGCUACGGGAAGAUCCUGCUGGCUGUGCGAUCGGUGGAGAGACAGGUCAGCAGGAUCAACCGGCCCUCAGCUGAGCGGAGGGAAGGCCGUGUCCUUUUAAUGGUGGUUUCCAUGGUGACAGGCUACAUAUUGUGCUGGAUGCCAUAUGGCGUUGUGGCAAUGCUCGCCUCAUUUGGGCGGCCGGGAGGGGUGUCGCCUGCCGCCACUUUAAUACCAUCCCUGCUGGCAAAGACCAGCACCGUCAUCAACCCGGUUAUAUAUGUGCUGCUCAACAACCAGUUCUCCAGGUGUUUACUGUACAUGAUCAGGUGCAGAUCAGAAGCCCCGCCCCCCCCAGUUCACCGCAUCCUGCCCCGCUCGCCAACAGACCAACAAAACACGGUGGCUGCCAUGUUCACAUCCACAGAUGAGCAGGAACAGAGGCCUGGGGUCCAAUGUGCCUCAUAG